GGGAUACAGGAAAUACGGUAACAGCGAAACCAGGAGGAAGCCAGCCCCGUGCCUGGAGGGGAUCCGCCAUCUCAGAUCUCUCGGCCUUGCCAGGGCCCACCAGAGAAAACUGACGCUCUGGUCCGGCCAUACCUAUGGGGGACCAACCUUGUGCCUCCGGGAGAUCCACGCUCCCACCAGGAGAAACGCGGGAACCCAAGCCUCCAAGAAAGCGCUGUCUCCUGGCUCCGCGGUGGGAUUAUCCAGAAGGGACUCCCAGUGGAGGUAGUACCACUCUCCCCUCGGCGCCUCCUCCUGCAUCCGAUGGACUGAAGUCGCACCCUCCUCCUCCGGAGAAGUAGUGAAAUAGAUUUUUCCCAGCCUAAAUCAGUCCUUGAGAGGUUGCAGUAUGAUUCCAUUUCCCUGGUGCGUUUGUAACACAGUUCACCCAUUGAUGACCAUGAAGAUUCUUGCCAACGCUACCCUGCUUUUGCUGGUGUCCCGCAGCUGGAAGUUGUGUUGCUAAAG